GAAUAUAAGUGGCUAAAAAUAGAGAGGAAGAAAAAAAAAGGGACAAAAUUUUCUGUUGGUGGUCCAUCCAAAGUCUACAUCAUCAGAGAGGAACUGUAGAGUCCAAGUUGAACGGUACCACCUAGCAACGUUGCUUUCGCUAUACUUCAAAUGGGCUCGAGAAAUCUCUCGCCUUCAUACACUGGUUAAGGGGAAGAAGAAACUAGAUUGGCCACCAUUGAAGCACCACCUUUGAUUUCUCUUCGACCCCAUCAACUCACCUUAGCUCUAAAGGAAGAAGACCCAAUUUCUAUUCAUCUGUUCUACAGCCCCAUUGGGUUUGAUUGGCUGGCUCUGCAAUCCCACAUUUCAGGAGCUUGAGUUUGACUGUUGCUGGGGGGUUUUUCUUAAUUGGGAACUCCCUGGAAGAUAAUUUGGGUGGAUUGAUUGGACUUUUGCUUGAUAAUUUGAGGUGGGUCGGCGCUGAAAUCGAACUGAUUUGAUAGAUUGUGGAGUUGUUGGUGGUGUAAAUGGAGAUUAAGGCGGGGACUGUUGCUGGAUCCAGUCCCAUCGGGCGUCAAUCGGAUGAUACUGGACUUGAAUCGCUCCAAUUCUGCGAAGAAAUUCAGGGGUUGAUGACGAUUCCUGCGGAAAAUGCUAGCUCCUUCACUGCACUUCUGGAACUUCCGGCGACGCAAGCUCUGGAGCUCCUCCACUCGCCGGAUUCUGGCGGAGGCGCGACGGCGGCGGUUGCGACAGAUGAGGCCAUCGUCCCGAAACCCUACUUCAGCGCCUUCGGUAGCAAUCUGACGUUCCCGGCGGAUUCAGCUCUAAUUGAACGCGCCGCCAAGCUCUCUGUCUUGGCCGGAGAGCAUUCGCCGGAGACGACGAGUUCAGUGCCGUUGAAUUCAAGCGUCAAUUUGGAGAAAGUGAAGAACGAGCCCACCACGGAAAGCGAUUCGAACCCCAAUCCGUUGCAGACAUUAAUCUCCGAUCCGACGGUGGAGAACGCGAAUCAGAGGUCGGCGAAGAGGAAGGAGCGCGAGAAAAAGGGAAAAGGGUCAUCAAAGAAGAGCAAGAACGAAAGCCUGGAAGAUGCUGAAAAGCUUCCUUAUGUUCAUGUUCGAGCUCGUCGUGGUCAAGCGACGGACAGCCAUAGCCUAGCAGAGCGAGCGAGGAGAGAGAAAAUCAAUGCUCGAAUGAAGCUACUUCAAGAACUGGUCCCUGGAUGCGAUAAGAUUUCAGGUACAGCCCUAGUGUUGGAUGAAAUCAUCAACCAUGUCCAAUCACUGCAGCGCCAAGUGGAGUUCUUGUCAAUGAGACUUGCAGCAGUUAAUCCCAGAGUCGAUUUCAACAUCGACAGCAUACUGGCUGCAGAAAACGAACCUGUACUCGAAAGCAGCUUUCCCUCCAUGGUUACGCCAUUGAUGUGGCCAGAAAUCCCGCUCAGUGGAAACAGACAACAAUAUCAACAACCGCAAUGGCAUUUCGAUGCAGCAGUUAACCAGCAAGCCUGGGUGAGGGAUGAACAUAACCACCAUAAUUUCAGCACUCCUGAAAACUCUCUUUUAAGUUAUGACUCUUCAGCGAAUUCAGCAUCUCUGCACUCAAAUCAAUUGAAGAUGGAGCUGUGAAGGCAACAUUAUAUUUUACAUGUAGCUACUAGUGUAUAUAGCCAAAUAUAUGAUAGUAAUAGCAGCAGUUAGCAGAGAAGUAGAGGAUCUGCCUCCACAUUCAACUGGGUCGCCAAGGUUCUCUCGAAUUAUCAGAGUCGACUGCGUCGGGAACUGGAUUGCUACCAACCAGAGAGGAUUGUGAUUCUUAAUAUCUAAAAUUUUAUGUGUAUACUAAUUUGGAGGCUCCUCUCAAUCUAAUACUGAGAUUGCCAGAUUAAAAUUCUAUUGAUUGUGAUUACAAUUGUUAAAAUGAUUGCUAUUUGACUGCUAAUGUCCUUACUCAA